AUGGAUGAUGAUGACCAGAAUGAAGACAGUCUUGGGAGCUAUGUCUCAGAGGCAGAGCAGGCUGAACGCGCAGAGGAAGUUGCAAAUUUCGAGGAUGAGGACCAAUGGGACGCCGAUGUGCGUAUGGAGCGAACCGAGGGAAUAGACUUGGAAGACUCGCCCAGGGCUGUCGUCGAAGAAGAUGUUUUCGGGGAUGGCUACUACGAAGACGAAAUAACUGAUCCGACGUGUCUGGAGGUGAUCACAGACACCUUUGAAGAGCUGCGAUUGCCACCAGAACAAAUUGCCAAAGUGCAGGGUGGAUUCGCCCAGCUGGUGCAGAAUGCGGGCUCGCCGGAAGCAGCAGGCGAAGCUGUCUACUCCACGCUCUUCGAGGCCGCUCCGAGCCUGCAGUCGCUGUGGACAACACCCAGGGCUGUUCAAGGGAUGAAGUUCGCCAACAGCCUUGCUCUCCUCAUCUCGAAACUGUCGUACCCGGAGGAGUUCAAGAACCUGGUGGACACUCUGGGCUUCCAGCAUUUGACAACAGAGGUCACGGUCCCACGUAUUGAGGUCUUCCGAGAUGCCCUUUUAGAGUUAUUUGCUGCCGACCUGGGCGACCUUUUCACAAUGGAUGUUCGGAUCGCGCUGUGCAGAAUGUUCAACUACAUCGGUGGGGCCUUCAUCUAUAUCCGCAACAACUACUCGUCCCGCUUGAAGCUGAUCUCGCAGUGUUGGACUUUGGCCAACAGCCAAAGGAAUGAAAUGGACGAAGAACCAGAAGAGACCCAAGAGUCCUCCGAGCACAAUCUGGAGAACAAGGAGGAGGAAGAUGGAAAGAAAGGCAAGUCCAACUUUCUGACAGUCAAGAAAACGGCACGGGAAGAGACCUCCCAGGAAGUGUCUCUGGAAGAAGGUCAUAGCAAGAAGUCAUCCGCUCGCCAAAGCUUGACCAGCAACAAGGUUCCGACAACCUUUCCUGAGAUGUUCAAGUUCAACGCGUCUGUCAUGGGGUACAAACAACAUGAGUGGAUGGGAGAGGUCUUGCAGGUGUUUGAUAACAUGGUGCUGAACUGCGGAGUUCCAUCACGCCUGCUGGAAGAAGCCGACAUCCUUUCGCUAUCUCUGGCUAAACUACAUGGUAAAAUCGAUCUGCUCGAGUUCAAGGCGGUUAUGCUUGCGUCUUUACGCUCGCUUCUGCCCAAGACCUGGAAUUCUGAAUGUGAGGUCGCAUGGACUUGGCUAUGGGAAAACAUUCAAAAGAUGCUGAAGGCGAACAUGGGCAAGCCUGCUGUUCAACAGAAAGCCUUGCGCAAGUUUUUCAUGAACAUCGAGGAUCAGCAGUUGGCUGCUUACCGCACCGCGCUCUACACAGCAUUCUUCGCAAAGUGUGCGCAGGGCCAGGACUAUUUUAAGCAGUCCUCCACCCGGCUUCACUUCAUAGCAGACCGAAUGCUCAUGUACACACAAGACGUCUUCAAAGAUCCGAAGGGUGUCAUGGAAAGCCUUUCAGCUCUUGGGCUGAGACACGUCGGAUAUGGCAUUCCGACAGAGCUUUUCGGUCCGUUUGUCAGCUCCGCAAUUGAAUGUUUCCGUGGCAUGACAAAGGACGAACAGCAAGAGGAAGCCUUUCGAUGGUCCUUGAAUUUGAUUUCGCGCGUCCUUGUUCGCACAAUCACUGAAGGCUCCACUUUGGUGAUGCGAGCCAUCAAUGCCAACUGUGCCAAGAUGCUGCGAAAGGCAGUGAGCUGCGCUCCCCGAGGCUUGCGUGCAGAGUGGAUGCUUAGGGUUCAGGUGGGCACCCAAUCCAUCUCUCCGCUUCUCUGGUCCAUCGAAAGUGGAAGCUUGGAGGCUGCCCAGGCCAUUCUCCUGGAUCUCCUCACGAUCCGUGCAGAUCGGGACCAUUAUUACUAUGCCAUGGAUGCACUUUUCAACAGACAUCCGGACAUCAUCCAGAGAAUCGGAGAAGAUGGCCCUGAGCUCCUACCCACCUUGCUGGAUGGCUUAAUCUGGCGGUCCCGGAACACGAGUGAUGGCACACGCCGGGUGAAUUACUUCAUCAAGUAUCUCGUGGUGGAUCCCAAGGAUGGUUUCUCGCAGUCCUUCCGGGACGUUGUGGCCCAUGGCGACCCCACCAUAGCAUGCCAUCCAGCGGUGGUCCUUGCAGCAGAUAUCUUGUGGUCACAUGUGGUGGCUUACACAUUUCUCAUGAGCAAGCUUUGGUUUCUUCUGAAUUUGGUGGUGUUUGUGGUGACGAUGGCCAUAAUCACUGAUUAUUCAGAAUCCGCAUCUUCUGUGUCCUUAUUGGGCAUGUUUAUCGGGCGGCUGUUCAUUUAUGUGUUUGGUUUCGGGCAGCUCGUCCUUCGGCAUUUAGUGCGGAUAGUGCGUGCCUGCCGAAAGAGGGAGGUGAGACGAGUUUGUUGCUUGCCCAUCCCCAGUUACUUGAUCCACUUCUCGGAGAGUCUGAGUGGAAUGCUGUGCAUCUCACUUGGAGGCAUGCUUUGCCAAGAACCUGUGCUGCACUGCCUUGGCAAGCGAGCACUCAGCGACGUGCAAUUUGCGCAGUUCGGUGGCCAGUGUGCAGAAGCUGCAGCUUUGGUCCCAAGCUAUUCCAGCUUCGCAUUUGUGGCAACCUUGCUGUACUUUUUGCUGCUUUUGGAUCUGACGGUCUUUUCUACCAAGCUUUCCACAUUUGUCCUGGUAUGUGGUCGCAUGGUGCAAGAAAUCGCCCAAUAUCUUUUUGCGCUUUCAUUCGUGGUCCUCACCUUUGCAUGUGGUUUGGCAUCCUCCGAUGUGGCCAACGAGCACUUCUCAGAAGUUCUUCCGGCCAUGCUCAGUCUGUCGCGAAUCAUGCUUGGCAUGUUCAGCAGUGAGGAGUUCCAACAUUUAGAGGAAGAGCCCAAGCUGCUGCUCUCUGUGAGUGUCUUUGUUAUUUGCACAACCAUCUUCCUGUUGAACCUGCUUAUUGCUCAGCUUAACUGUGCCUACUUUGGCAUCUUCAAAGAUAUGCUGGGCUUUGCAAGGCUCAACAGGGGAUCUGUAAUCUUGGACAACAUUCCACAUGUCUCGCCAAAGCGAUGGAAGACAUUCGUGGAUUCACUGAAGAUGGAUGAGAAGCUUGAGUUUAGCGAGGGCGACAUCGGCAUCGCCGGCGGGCUGCAGGUCCUUGAGCCUGCCAGUGCCAACCCGGUCACGACGGACUCCAUCAAACGAUACGGUGGAUCCACGUCUCGGGAGUGCCAGUGGCCGGAGACAGCCACCGAUCUGGACUCUGAAGACAAGAUUGAUAGGGUCCACGAUGGGAUCUUCGUCCAGCUCCGGAAUGACAUCAUCGUCGAUGGGCGAUUCUUCACACGAGAACUAAGCUGCCUGCCUGUGAACAUGCCUCAAGGCAUCGGCGUACAAUCUGCUGCAGAUGAGAAGAUUUUGCGGCAGGGAACUAGCAGACUGGGUGUGCCCCAGUCGUACGAGGUGUUGGAGGAUCGGAGUCAGUUGUGGUGCAAGACUACAUUGAGAGGACGAAGCCCCUCUUGGCGCAGGAUCAGCAUCAACAGAAACAAGGCCACUUUUGGCACCGGUGACAUGAGUCUAGAUUUCCGAGACGUCAAGAAGCAGCCUGGAAAGCUGGUCUGGAGGUCUGAGAGAAGCUGGAACAAGACGUUCACUUGGCGACUGCUGCUUAGAAGACGUCAGAGCAGAGCCAAGGCGUACAGGUGGUGUCGGAGUCCUGAGGUCAAUUGCCCCCAGAGAGAGAGAGAGAGAGACCUAGUCUCUCCAGCCUGGUAG